AAGGGUUCGGCGACCGGGGCGGUCUGGCUGGGGCCGCGGGUCGUUUAUCCGCCGCAUAAGAACCGGGUCUGCCUGACCGUUAGCGCGCCUGCGCCGUGGUGUUCUGUUUCUCGUCUGAUCAACCGGGGGUACGUCCUGUUCCGGCUGAGCGCUGGUCUGACUGCUGGCUUGCACGGUAACCUGUACUAGGGACAUCGUUUUUGAGGCAGUACAACCCGAACGCAGCAGAAGCCACCGCCAUGCGUCUGGUGAUCCUCGACAACGCGCACCAAGUGGCCGACUGGUCGGCGCGCUACAUCGUCAAACGCAUCCUCGACUUCAACCCCGGACCGGACCGUUACUUCGUGCUCGGCUUGCCCACCGGUGGCACUCCUGGUGGCACGUACAGAGAGCUGGUGAAGUACCAUAAGGAGGGAAAAGUCUCCUUCAAGUAUGUCAAGACGUUCAACAUGGACGAAUACGUCGGCAUUCCCCGGGACCACCCGGAGAGCUACCACUCCUACAUGUGGAACAACCUGUUCAAGCACAUCGACAUUCACCCGGAGAACGUGAACCUGCUGGACGGCACGUGCUCCGACCUGGAGGCCGAGUGCGCCCGCUACGAGAAGAAGAUUCAGGACGCCGGCGGUAUCGAGCUCUUCAUGGGCGGCAUCGGACCGGACGGCCACGUGGCGUUCAACGAGCCGGGCUCAUCGCUGGUGUCCCGGACGCGCGUGAAGACGCUGAACCAGGACACGAUCCAGGCUAACGCGCGCUUCUUCGACGAUGACAUCAACAAGGUGCCGACGCGGGCGCUGACCGUCGGCGUCGGCACCGUCAUGGACGCCAACGAGGUGCUGAUCCUGAUCACCGGGCAGCACAAGGCGUACGCCCUGCACCAGGCCAUCGAGCAGGGCGUCAACCACAUGUGGACCGUGUCGGCGUUCCAGCAACAUCCCAAGACGAUCAUGGUGUGCGAUGAAGACGCCACCAUGGAACUCAAGGUCAAAACGGUCAAAUACUUCAAGAGUCUCCACAAGGUUCAUCAGCGUUUGUUAGAAGACUCGUAACGUUUACAGAGCUCUGGUCCGUGCAUAGCAAACAGAUACACGAUCCGGUGGACUUCGAGUCCACCCACCGCACCUAGAGGGUCGGGUGCUGCUCCGGCCCCUGGGCGCGAAGCAGCCACCCAAGGAGUGCCACGCGACGGCUGCGGCACGCCGCAUCUCGUCUAGGCGUGUACGCAUGCUUAUUCAGUGGUACUCGGAUGUCAGGUGUAUUUGGAAGCGGCUGUUUGGUGCGGGCAGUGGCUUCUUCAUGUUUAUAUGGUAACGUAGGAACCAUCUUGAGCGGCGUCUAACUCCUGGGAGAACACCACCGCCUUCAACUGGUAUUUGUAGCCAUGAAUGCUGUGAUAAUAGCACAGAUGACUUUAUGAUCGGUGUCAUGCCUCUUGCAAGAAGACAAACUUAUUUUUGUGGUCUUGUCAACUUGUAUAUGCGAAAUGCUCCAACUGUUGGCUCAGCAUAGCUUCAGCCCAACUCUUUGAGGACUGUUUAUAUAUGAUGCUGUCUGUAUGAUUGCUGUCUACGCCUGCAGAUCUGCAGCAGAA